AUGGCUUUUUCAUUUUGGUCAAGUUCUCAUUAUAAGACAUGUCUUAUUGAUCCCGUUAAUGGUUAUUCAACUCAUCGGCAAGAAGAUAUCAAAAUAAUUGGAGAACAAGAUUAUGAAAAACUUAUGAUUUUUUUUACUAAUUUUAUUCAAGAAUUAGCAACUACUGUUACGACAGGAAAAGAAAAAAUAUCAAUGAGUGUCAUUGCAACUGCAAUUGUUUAUUUUAGAAGAUUUUAUGCCAAAAGAAGUGUUAAAGAAAUUGAUCCAUUUUUAUUGGCUCCAACAGCUUUAUUAUUAGCUUGUAAAGCUGAUGAAUAUGGAUAUUUAUUAACUGAUCGUGUUGUAAUGCGUUGUAAUUUAAUGUUAAGAAAAUAUCCAUUUUUAAGUGAAGAUAUUGUUAUAAAUUUAAAUUUAAUUCAAGAAGCUGAAUUUUAUUUAAUUGAAAUUAUGGAUUGUUCAUUAAUUGUAUUUCACCCAUACAGGUCACUUAAUUCAAUUAUACAAGAUGCAAAAGAAUAUUUUGAAAGUGAAGAUAGAUCUGAUCCAUUUAAAAAUACUAAUGGGUGGGAUGAAUUAAUUAGUAGUACAACUAAAUAUAUUAAUGAUUCUUAUAGAUGUGAUGUUUCAUUAAAAUAUCCACCGCAUAAAAUUGCAUUAGCAUGUAUGUUAAUGGCUUUAAUUGGAAUGGGAAAAGAAUCAAUAUUUGAGGAUUACUAUGACAGCAUGCUUACUGAUAGUGAAGGAAUUUAUGAUGCUUCAAAUGAAAUAUUUGCCAUGUAUACUUUAUGGAAAGACUUUAAUGAAGCUACUGAAUUACCAGAAAUUUUCAAAAAAGUUCCUAGACCGGAAUAG